AGCUACAAAUUCAUUUCCUUGCCCUUCAAACUUUUUCUCCUCUUCUUCUAAAUAAAAAAAAUAAAAUAAGUAAUCCACCCACUCUUUCCAGAAAGAAAUCCAAAAUUCAAGAAUGGCAAUGUCCAGUGGCAUUCUUGCCGUUGUGUCUUUGAUCACUAUCUUUUUUCUGUCACUAAUGAUCACAGCAAGAGUGCUUCCAAUUCAUCCUUACUUGAAAAUUAAAGACAGUACACCCAUUUCUCAAUUACUAUAUGAUACUUCCAACUAUGGUUUUCUUCAAAUUGAUAAUGGCUUGGCUCUAUCUCCUCAGAUGGGAUGGAGUACCUGGAAUUUUUUUGCCUGCAAUAUAAAUGAAACAGUCAUCAAGGAAACAGCUGAUGCACUCAUCUCAACUGGUUUGGCUAGCCUUGGUUAUACUUAUGUCAACAUUGACGAUUGUUGGUCGAGAUUGCCACGAAAUUUGAAGGGUGAAAUGGUUCCUGACCCAAAAACUUUUCCCUCCGGGAUCAAAGCUCUAGCUGAUUAUGUGCACUCUAAGGGACUAAAACUUGGUGUCUAUUCUGAUGCCGGGGCUUUUACAUGUCAAGUUCGGCCAGGUUCACUGUUUCAUGAAAAAAAUGAUGCAGAACUUUGGGCAUCUUGGGGUGUUGACUAUUUGAAGUACGACAACUGCUACAAUCUAGGCCUUCCACCGCAAAAAAGAUACCCACCCAUGCGUGAUGCCCUAAACGUUACUGGACGGACUAUAUUUUACGCACUUUGUGAAUGGGGCGUUGAUGACCCUGCCUUAUGGGCAGGAAAAGUUGGGAACAGUUGGCGUACAACUGAGGACAUCAAUGAUACAUGGGCAAGCAUGACAACUAUUGCUGAUAUCAAUAACAAGUGGGCGUCCUAUGCUGGACCUGGUGGAUGGAACGAUCCUGAUAUGUUAGAAGUUGGAAAUGGGGGCAUGAAUUACCACGAGUACAAAGGCCACUUUAGCAUCUGGGCUCUGAUGAAGGCUCCGCUUAUAAUUGGUUGUGAUGUCAGAAACAUCACUGCUGAAACUUUAGAAAUUCUUUCCAAUAAAGAGGUUAUUGCUGUUGACCAAGAUCCACUUGGCGUUCAGGGUAGAAGAGUGUACGCUUCUGGACCAGAUGGUUGCCAGCAGGUUUGGGCCGGUCCAUUGUCUGGAAACCGUUUAGCUAUGGUACUCUGGAACAGAUGUUCAAAAGCUGCAACUAUUACUGCUAAAUGGGGUGCCAUUGGACUAGAACCCUCUAUUAGCGUCUCUGUGAGAGACUUGUGGAAGCAUGAAGUUGUUUCAGAAAACACAGUGGGCUCCUUUACUGCUCGGGUUGAUGCUCAUGGAUGUGAGAUGUACAUGUUAACUCCACAAAGAGCGACUCACACUUCAAUAUGAUUGAAGUGUAAGAGUUCAUGGCUUGUACAACCUUAAUAAUAGGCUUCACUGUUACUUCUAAUGUAUAUCUGUGUCCAUCAGUUCUCUUCAUGGUCUAUUCUAUUAAAAGUUCAGUUUGAACUUGAAAUCUGGUUAGUGAACCUUGUACAAUGCUCUCCCACAUGAAUAAACUUUUUAUGUUAUUAUUGAAAGUCUUUCUGGAAA